AUGGCCAGCCUCCAAGAUAUCAUGAACGUGGACGAGGACCAACUCGAAUCCCACACUAUUAAGAACGACCAGGUCCCGGCUCCAUCAGGCAGACAUCAUCAACCCUACCUGGCACCAAGCGCAGUUUACAACACAGGCUAUGCGACUGGCGGAGAUCAAGCAGACCGUUCAAGCACACCACAAGGCACGAAGCGAAGCUCAUCCUCCCGCACCUCCAAGUCGAACACCACAGGCUCGUCAUCUUCAUCUGCUCGACCAGUCAACACCCGUCGAAGGAGCAACGUCAGCACCGAUUCCAUGGAGCAACCAAACUACGGAUACGGCCACGCAGGGUCCUCCAGCGGCGGCCACGAUCCCUCUGGCCAGCCCAUGAGACCUUUCGGCAGUGUGCCACCUGGAGGAGAAGUUCCUGUCAAGUUGACUCCCAUUACCGGCCGUGUCAGUAGGGCAAAGAAGGUAAGCGAGCUCGAGGGCGACAAGGCAUCGAGAAGCAGAGGAGGGAGUCAAAGUCGCCGGACAUCAGCCGCCUCUUUGGAUGCAGGAGUCCGAAGCAUGGGAUUACAACCUCCCUUGCUUGGAUACCCUACGAGCGCAACAACACCGAUCCACGGCCUCCCGAUGACAUCGAGUAUGUCGCACCCUGGUACAUAUCAGUCCAUGAGCGGGUCAGAUGUCAGCAAGUCUAUGUCUCCCCACCUUGGAAACGACAGCUAUCGCCCUUCGUCUGGUGGUCCUGGUUACGGUGGAGGCUAUUCUCUGUCCGGCCAAUCCUCACAACAACCCAUCCUCCAGCCUUCAAAUGGCGAUUUCAACACCCCGCCCUCGUUUUCCUCCAUCGACUACCAGCCUCGCACAACUCCUGAGUACCCUCCGCUGUAUCUUCAGACUUCGGGACUGGGACUGCAAACACCCGAACUAUCGCACGCUCAGGAUCCCAUGGGAUGGCCGUCUUCAGCUUCCGACAGCACAUAUUCAACGCCUUCCGAUAAUUCGCGACGCGCAUUCUGGCCGACGGCGGGGCCAGAGUGGCAAAAUAACCUCCUUUCGCCUUGCCCAACAGGUGGCUACGAGACGAUAGGAGCUACCGGCCCUAUGCUCUACCAAUACUCGACCUCCCCCCAGCUCAGCAACCCACAGGUGUACCCGAUGCUCGGCACUUCCAUACCUACCUACUCUGACGAGCAGACAUUCCGUGACCAUCAACAACAGCCACGGUUCCCCAAUACUGUUCGUAGCCUGACCCCGCCGGUGACAUCGGCAUCGGCUCAAAGUUGUGAAACUCUAGUCACCCCGUCGACGGCACUACCAUCGGACCGGAUGAUGAACUCAUAUGCCUGUUUGGGCCGUAAGGAGGUGGCGUCGGGCCUCCUGGCGGCCCCGGCCCUGAUGCAGGGCUCCUUGCCUAUGUCUAUCUGCAGAGCCAUUCCCGGCUACCUCGAUGUCUACUGGGAAAGGUUUCACCCACAUUUUCCAAUCGUACACCGAAGGACUUUCGAGGCCGCGGCGGAGCAGUGUGAAGUGCUUCGUUGCGCCAUGGCUGCAGUGGCGACUCAAUACCUGAGUGGCAAGGAGGAUCGUAUCAGGGGGGAUCAGCUGCAUGAAUAUGCCUGGCAACAAUCCAGAUACUUCCCUCAGUGGGACGUGUCUGUCAUGCAAGCGAUUCUGCUAUGUGAGUACUUCGCGCGGUUCCGCGGCCGAAGAGCAGCCAUCAGGCCAUCGAAAGAAUUCGAGUCCGUUUACUCGCGGGUAUACAACGACAAAGCGGUCAUAUUUGGCGCCGUGCCUCGGACCGGAACCAAUACCGUCAGAUGGCAUAGUUGGCUCGAUGCAGAGGCUCGUCGUCGCCUUCUCUCGGCGUGCUUCGUCCUGGAUAUCCACAGCUCGGUUUACCUGGCCCAGCCAAGAGUUCGCAAUUUCGACAUCACGGCAGAUGGCAUGCCGCCCAACAUCCCGCUCACUGGCCCAGCUCAGGAUCUCUGGGAUGCACCUAGUGCCGAUACAUGGGCGGCAAUGGUCUCGUCCAAGAGAGUUUCUCUGGAUGACCAAACACUCCUGUCUUUGAUUAACCCGGACACCUUGUCAAGAAGCACAGUCGACACACACGCCCCUUUCGACCGCGCAGUGAUCCUAGCCUUCGAGACUUUCCGCAUGGCCAACAUAUUUUCGGACUGCUCUAAGGCCAACACCUACCUGGCUCUUCACCACACUCCUCUUCAUGAUUUACUAGCUGUGUCAGGCGAUAGUUGGAUCUUUAGCCACAAGGUUCUACAGCCUAAACAGUUUGACGAGCACAAGAGGCGGCUCAGGGAGUGGUCCGACUCAGGCAGCGCUGCCGUCGCGCUGGUCUUUGCCUGCCGGGCUCUUCGCGCCUUCACUGACCACGGCAAUUCUGAAGAAGAUUCUGACGACGAAGAUGGCAUGGAUACUCGAGAGGCCGGCCGACCCCGGAUGUGGAAGGACAUUUCGGAUUACUGGGGCAUGUAUGUUUGCGCUCUGAUCUGCUGGGCCAACGGGCACCGCAUCAACGGUGGCGAAGCAAGCCGCAGCGAUUCCGACAACGAUGACGAGGCGCUUCAGUGGAUUCGCACCUUUGCGAGCAUGGGGGCCAAGAAUGCCAUAGAAACACCCUUGAAGAAGGAGGCAACAAUGGUCGUGGCUCUUGUGAGAAGAUGGCUCGAGGUGGAUUGCCUCGGCAACCGGAGCCGACUCUAUGUCGAUGCAGUCGGCGUGCUGAGUAAGUUAGCCGAGGGUUGCACCUGGAAGUGGUUUUAA